AUGAAUAAGAGGGCGAUUCAAUCAAUUGCCUCUAAUGCUGGUACCGUUAUUGAAGUCGACGAAGGGGAAGGAGGAAAUUUUUGGGGGCGAUUCGCACGCGUAAGGGUGUCCUUAAAACUGUCUAAUCCUUUGAAAAAAUGUGUAAGUGUCCGAGUGGAGAAUCAAGCAGAUGAAGUCAUCAUCCUUCUGGUUUACGAACGCCUUCCAGAUUUCUGCUACCUCUGUGGACGUAUAGGGCAUGUUUUGAAGGAGUGCGAGGCUACAGAAGGAAACAGUGAAAACCUUCCGUUUGGAUCGUGGUUGAAAGCUUCAACCCACAUUACUGGGAAGAAGAACAGAGAAGAAGGCCGUGCUUCGCCUCGGAGCUCCCCAGUUGGCUCUUCAUCAUCGAUCCGUAGUACGGGUAAGUCAGGGGAAUUAUUAAAACGAGAUUCUCACAGCCCCGAUAACGAUCCGCAUAAUUCGACUGGUAUCGCCAGUGAACCGCGGAACAUAACAACAAGUGGAAUUCCUGAGCCUUCUAAAAAUUCCCAUAUAUUAGUACACAAUGAGAAAUGUAUCGAGGUCUCUAAAUCGGUUUUUAACGAGAAGUCGGCCGAGGUUUCUCCCGUUCUGGAUAUGAUGCAAGAUAAUAUAGAUGACCCUCAGGACCUUCCUCUUCCAAUUUCACUUCAAGAAGGCAUAGACUUGGAGAAAAUUCAAUCCUCGACAAUGAUGUCCCAGGUCGAAGACAAGCCAGGACUUAUAUAUUCCUCAGAGCGUCGACCAAAUAAAUGGAGGCGUUUAGAUAGAAGGGGCUGUCCGACUGAGUCCUCAAUCGAUCUCAUUUCUCCUUUAGUCGCCUCAAGUAAAAGACAGGCGGAAGCCAAUUUGUCAACUGUCGUGGUAAGAGUGGUGGGUUAG